AUGGUCCACUCCUAUGCCGAGUUCACUGAGCGCCUCAUUUCUAGGUUUGAUUGUAAGGACACAGAGCUCUAUUAUAGGGAGUUGGCACAUCUGAGACAGACUAGGCAUGCAGAGGCAUAUGUCAAUGAGUUCCAGCAUAUUGCAGUUAUGGUACCUGAUAUGCCUCAAAGGCACAGUGUGAUGCUAUUCAUUGAGGGACUACAAGACAGGCUUAAGGGAUGGGUAUGUGCUUUCAAUCUGACCACUCUUAAGGACACCAUAGAUGUGACAUUGAGAUUGGACACCACUCCUACUUCUUAUCAGACAGAUAAGAAGUCGUUCAAGGACUCACGACCUCCACAGAAGGCCAAUGCCUCACAAUUUAGAGAUGGACAGACAACUAGACCUCCCAGGAUGGAUCAGGAGACACAGAAUGAUCUGAGAAGGAGGAAACUAUGCUUCUCCUGCAAAGAGCCUUGGGAGCCUAGGCACCAUUGUAUGGGCAAGGGCAAGGUUCAUUUGAUUGAGGUAACAUCUGAGUUUGGGGAUGAGGAGAUACCAGGCACUAACACUGAGGACAGUAUGGAAGAGACUAGGCAGGAGCAACCGCAGUUGGAGAUAGACAUCCCCGAGCCAUUGGCAGCAGCUAAAGUGACUAUGGCCACCCUUUCCAGUUAUCCUAGAUUUCAUGCCUUUCGGUUGAAAGUUUGGGGCUGUACUAAGUGGAUUCCACAGCUUAGCAUUCAGAUGGGGGAUUAUACCUUGACAGAUGACUUCUAUGUGCUACCCUUGGAGGACUAUGAUUUAGAGUUCCUGUCUGGAGGGAAGAAGGUCAUUUUGAGGGCAACUUCAGAUGGUGGGCUUAAAGAGGUGUCUUCGCACAGGAUGGAAUCUAUCAUCAGACAUGAUGAUGUGAUUUGGGCUACACAUUGUUUUGUGAAGUCCAAGACACCUACACAUCAGGAUGGCAGGGCAUUUCAUGUUGAUAUUCAAUCAAUUAUGGACUGGCAUGACAGAGUUUUUGGUGACAUACCUCCUUGUGUACCUCCCGAUAGAGGGUUUGAGCAUGGUAUAGAGAUGGAGGAUGGAGCUAAGCUAGUAAUUACCAGUCCAUAUCAUCAUCCUAGAGCAUAUAAGGAUGAGAUUAAGAAGACUAUUCAUGAGUUGUUGGACAUGGGCUUCAUUCGCCCUAGCUCUAGUCCCUUUGCUUCUUCUGUGAUUGAUCUUCAUUCAGGCUAUCAUCAGAUUCAUGUACGAGCUGAGGACGUACACAAGACUGCCUUCUGUUGUCAUUAUGGGUAUUAUGAGUUCUUGGUGAUGCCUUUUGGCCUUACCAAUGCACCGGCUACUUUUCAAUCAUGCAUGAAUCGUAUCUUCAAUAAGCAGUUGAGGAAAUUGGUUCUAGUAUUUUUUGAUGAUAUACUGAUUUACAACCAUACAUGGGAGGAUCAUAUCAGGCACCUUGAGGAGGUACUUAGCAUUAUGGAGAGUCAGUCUCUAUUUGCUAAGUUGUCCAAAUAUGAAUUUGGACUUAUAGAGAUCUUAUAUUUGGGGCAUGUGACUAGUGCUGACGGAGUGAAAGAGGAUGAGGAGAAGAUUCGAGCAAUCCGAGAUUGGCCCUCCCCCCAAAAUAUCACCGAGUUACGUGGAUUCCUUGGCUUAUGUGCUUAUUACAGGAGGUUCGUGAGAGGUUUUCCACAGUUAGCAGCACCUUUGACCGAUCUCACGAAGAACGGGGCUUUCAAAUGGACAAAACAGGCACAAGGGCUCUUUGGUAGACUCAAGGAGGUUAUGAGCACUUGUCUAGUCUUGGCACUCCCUGACUUCUCGCAGCCAUUUGUACUUGAAUGUGAUGCUUCAGGCGUGGGCAUAAGGACAAAGCUCAAUGAUCGUCAGCAAAAAUGGGUAAGCAAGAUUCAGGCUUAUGAUUUUGACAUCGAAUUCGUUAAAGGAAAGAAUAAUACUGUUGUUGAUGCACUUUCUAGAAGACCAUCACUUGCUGCUCUAUGCUCAUUAAGUGAGAUUUCAGCAGAUUGGAAGUCUCAACUUUUAGUUGAGUAUUCCAAAGAUCAGCAUGCUUGUGAGGUCAUGGAUGGAUUGGUACUGGAUGACAAGUACAGUGUGGUUGAUGAUGUCAUCUACUACAAAAGCAGGGUAUAUCUUGUUCCUGGUUCUCAGUUGAAAGAAUGGAUUUUGCAUGCUUACCAUGAUACUCCUACAGCAAGACACCCAGGGUAUGGUAAGACUUACAGGGAAGUUCGGGAGAGAUUCUUCUCAAAGGGUCUCAAAGAUGAUGUCCUACGUCAUGAGGAUGUGCUACAAAUGUUAGCUUCAUUACUUGGGAAGCCUGUUGGAUCCUCAACGCAAACCCUGGGGAGAAAGCAAGAAGUGAAUCUGGAAAUGCUUCUUUUGGAUCAAAGUGUGGUAGGAUUGGUUCCUGAUAGUGAGAACUUGGAUACUUCCCAGGCCCAGCAGGAGGUUGGGAGUCAACCUAUGGAUACAGAUCAACAACUAGUGGCUCAGGAGGGACCCAUCUCUAGUAAUGAAGAGAAGAUGGUUGUUGGGGAAGUUUCUCUUGUAGCAAAGAAUUUGUGCUCUAUUGGGGUCAAAAGUGAUUUCAAUGCUAUCUUAGAGUUGUGUGAAAAGAAGGGUGGUGUUAAGCGAUUGGAGCCUUCUUCCAUCCUUCUUUGGGAUAGUAUAUCAGACCUGAAUCUUGUUGACAUCAAGCCCAGUAAUGGUUUUAUUCACUUGGAACAACCGAAGGAUAGGGGAGGAUUGGAUUGCGGAGAGACUGGAUUGCUUCAUGGUUUCUAG